GAAACUUCGGCCAUUCCUCGUGUCAACAGUUUUGAAAGAUUUUCAACAUGUACGGCAUGAUAUUUGAAACUAUUCAAAACAUCUUUCAGGUUGAAUAUGGUGAUGAACUAUGGGAUGCUCUUCUAGAACGAACGAAGUAUGGCAAACGCACCGUUUUUUGUACGCAUCACAUUUAUCCGGAUGAUUUGGUGAUGCAAUUAGCUAAUGCAGCUGUUGAAGUGGUCGGCAAUGGAUUAACGCAAUUGGAUUUCCUCAAUUAUUUUGGACGAUGUUUCAUCCGCUCCUUUGACAAGUACGGUUAUGAAAAAAUGAUUAAGGUUUGUGGUCGAUACUUUUGCGAUUUCUUGACCGGCAUUGACAAUAUCCAUUUGCAAAUGAGAUACAUGUUUCCGAAAAUGGUUUCACCCAGCAUGUACAUCUCACACGAAGAUCUGGAUGGCGUUUUAUUACAUUACAGAACCCCACGCAAUGGACUCUGUCCUUACCUUCGAGGAUUGCUACUUCAAAUUGCUGAAGACUACUUCGGAAUUCAACUCACUGUACACGAAUUACCAAGCGAGCCUUCUGGAGAAGAUGAAUACAACCAGUACAGGUUUCGAUUGAACUUUAACAAUCGAGACUACUUGGCUAGUCAGAAGUACAUGAAUGGUAGCAAUCUUGGACUUGAACGCAAAAUGAUGGCUGCAACCCAACUGUCAAGCAAUACAUUACUGCAGCUAUUCCCUUUUGGGUUGAUCUUCCGCUCCGAUCUUAAGAUCAUAAGCACAGGAAAACAAUUGAAAAUCAUGUUCCCAGAUAAAGCAUUAUUUGGCCAGGAUCUUCCAGGAAUAGCAAAAAUGCGCCGUCCGAAAGUUAACCUAACUUGGGACAAUGUGCUUAGCUUGCAAAAAGUUAUGUGUGAACUCGAGAUGCUGAUUAACCAACGAGAAGACGAAGGAAUCUGCAAUCCUGCGUACACGUCGCUGAGGAAUAAUGAUGACCAAACUCGUCGGUUAUUUCUGCAAGGGCAUUUCCGCUACCUCGAAGAUUGGGAAGCUGUGAUGUUUCUUUGCAACCCUAUAGUUAAUAAUCUAACUGAUCUCGAUGAACUUGGGCUUAAAAUCGAUGACCUGAGUAUGCACGGGAACAGUCGUGAGAUGGUCAUGGGAGGUUUGCAACAUAAUUCCCGUCUAGAAGACCUGUAUGAGCGAGCAGAAGAACGAUCGAUGGAGUUGGAAAAAACUCAUCAGUUGCUUGCUGAAUGGACGGAGCGGGGUGAUCAGCUACUGUUUUCCAUGAUCCCAAAGUCAGUCGCAGACAAUUUACGAAGAGGGACACAUCCAGUUGAUACGUGCCAGAAUUUUGAGAGUAUAACAGUGCUCUUUGUGGAGCUUACCAACUUCGUUAUUAACGCGGAUAAUGCUAUGGAAAUGGUUAAAUGUAUGAAUGCAGUUUUUUCUCAAUUGGAUAAUGUCAUCGAUCGACACAGUGUUUACAAAGUAGAGACAGUUGGAAAAGUUUACAUGGUCGUUGGAGGUGCGCCAGAAAAAAAUGAUUCACAUGUCAGAGAUAUUGCACUAGUUGCCCUAAGUUUCCGAGACGAAAUUGAAGAACUUGCGACCAAUGCCGGAAUGGACGUUCGAAUUCGAACAGGUUUUCAUUCUGGCUCGGCUGUCGGCGGCGUAGUCGGAUCGAAGAUGCCGAGGUAUUGCUUUUUCGGAGACACUAUCAACACCGCAUCAAGAAUGCAAUCGUCUAGUGAAUCAGGGAAAAUUCAAAUGUCGUCAACUUCUCAUGGCCUCCUACAAUCGUUUUCCGGAUUUGUCUGCCAAAAACGAGGUCUAGUUGCGGUUAAGGGCAAAGGAGAAAUGCAAACUCAUUGGCUGCUUGAGCAUCAACCAUCCGCUAACUAAAGUAUUUGUAUGUGUUGGGUUUAGAUAACACUGUCAGUCGUUGAAAUGUCGCAAAUUAUUAUUCACAAGCCAAUUCCUCGAACUGGAAUUAAUAUAGUGAUUGAGCUUUAACUUUACUAUAAUAAAUAACUCUAGAAUAGAUUUAUGUUGGUGCACAAAAUGUACGUUGGUAGGGGAGA